AUGAUUAUGCAUGGGGGAGUAGGUGGGGGUUUAGUGUGCCUACCCCAGUUCCAGCAUCGUAACGCACCCGGGUGGACUGAGAGCCAUUUUUAAAGAGCCUGGUACGUACGGACGCUACGGAUCAAUCUGGCACAGUGUUUGCUGGGUCCAGCAUAGUCAGGCAGUAAUUUAUGUAACAAAAUUGUUGCAAAUUGCGGAAAUCGCACGGUGGUGACGCGCAAACUGUUUUUUUUAUUUAUUCUCCCCGGUAUUACGCUGGCCGGGGCCGAAGAGCAAUUGUCAUUUGGGAGGGGGUGGGUAAACAUCAAUGGCUUAGCCUAACCUAGCAUAGCAGGUUGCAGUGUCGACUGGGGCUUAAAAUUUUCUCUACCUGGGGUGACCAGGUAGCGCUCGGAAACCGGUUCGUAACAUUGUUCUUUCCAGGUUCCUGCAUUGAUGGCGUGUUUCUAGUGCAUCGCCUUUUAAAGUCCCGUUGAACUGUUAAAUCAAAUUUAGCUUGCAGAAUAGAUACUGUAUACCGAACACGAUACAGAUUCCCACGUGUGAAAUACACAUGAAUGUUUUUGUAUGAAGCGGGACAAUCGGAUGACCUACGGCUGGAUGUCAGCUGCCCAGGCCAGCGGACAGGAAAGUAGCAUCGUCACUUAGUCUAAGCUAAACACAAUUCUCCCACCUACCAUCCAAGAUUCAAUGCCUAACACUUCAGAAAGUCAAGAGGCAAGUGUUUCCACCACCAACGACCAAGAAGCCCCCAAAAGGCCCCCCAGCAGGGACAAUGAGCCCAGCCUGUCUGGCUCCUUCCCCCGGGACGCCCUGAGGCCACGGCGGGCAUCUAGUGCCGAGGUCCAGCUGCCAUGGACCUGCCCCGUCACGCACUCCCGGGAGAAGUUCUACACGGUCUGCUCAGAUUAUGCUCUCCUCAACCAUGCUGCCUCUGUGUACCAUCCCAUCAGCACGCCCCGAGAGGGGCCAGCUGUCUCUGGGGACAGCAGCCCCUCCUUAAGUCAGCCUAAGACGUCCAGCUACCCACCGGCGCCAGGCGGAGGAGGAAACGUGGCGUUCGAUGGAGACUGCCACCUGGACGUGGUGUCGUCCGGCCUCGCCAAGCCGGUUCUCGCCUGGGAAAUCGACACGACCGAUUUCGAUGCCGUGUUGACCAGGAAAAACAGGACAACCAACAUGAAGAAGCCGAGCUCCAAGAAGAUGAAGUCUUCUGAUAAACACAGCAGGAAUCUGCAGGACGCCCCUCCGCAGGCUACGCUAGAGGAAAUAAAACAGAGGAAGGUGCUGGACCUGAGACGAUGGUAUUGCAUCAGUCGUCCACAGUAUAAGACUUCCUGUGGAAUCUCAUCGCUGGUAUCCUGCUGGAAUUUUUUGUACAGCACGCUGGGAGCCGGGAGCCUGCCCCCUAUCUCUCAGGAGGAGGCAUUGCAUAUCCUGGGCUUCCAGCCUCCCUUUGAGGAGAUCAAGUUUGGCCCCUUCACUGGCAACGCCACCCUCAUGCGGUGGUUCAGACAAAUCAAUGACAAUUUUCGUGUGCGGGGAUGUUCCUACAUUCUGUAUAAACCGCACGGGAAACACAAGACUGCUGGAGAGACAGCGGAGGGAGCUCUGACAAAGCUGACGCAAGGUCUCAAGGAUGAGUCGAUGGCCUACAUCUACCACUGUCAGAAUCACUACUUCUGCCCCCUGGGCUUCGAAGCCACUCCACUUAAAGCAGCCAAAGCGUACAGGGGUCCGCUCCCCAGUAGCGAAAUGGAGCACUGGAUUCUCAUCGGGGAACCAAGCAGGAAACACCCGGCCAUCCACUGUAAAAAGUGGAUGGACAUUGUGACCGACCUUAACACACAAAAUCCCGAAUAUAUAGAUAUUCGGCACACGGAAAGGGGAAUUCAGUAUCGCAAAACCAAGAAGGUCGGCGGGAACCUGCACUGUAUCAUGGCCUUUCAGAGGGUGAACUGGCAGAAGCUGGGCCCUUGGGCUCUGAACCUGGAGAACCUUCGGCACGACCUCCAGCAUCAGGGGGCAGAGAGGGCAGUCGGGUUUGAGGAGAAGCACUCCAGCAAGUCCCUGGGUCACCUGAGCCACUCUCUGGGCUACCAGAAAGAGGUCAACUGGAAACGCCUGUCCAACACCUACGAAUAUCGACACGGCGGGUCUCCGGACAGCGAGAUAGACGAGGACAGCACUGAGUGAGAGCACGGGUUCUGCAGGGGAUUCUGGGAAAAGGUGCACCCAGUCCAUCUGCUCCUCAUACCCCUGAAUCAGACUGUUCAGCUUCUCAGUCACAUUGGCCCAAAGACGGCACAGUCUUCAUUUAUCUACAUAUCGGUAAAAUGAGGGGAUUAGCAUAAGGCAGGUGCCUGGGUACGAGUGGAUUUAACACCAUUUGUACGCAGCAGUGUCGUCCUACUAGCUUGCGGGGAGACGACAUUUCAACGCUUCUAUCUGAGCUGGAGUCUGACCGUAAACACUUGGCACGUUUUACGUUACUGAUUGUGUCUGUAGAAGUACGAUACUCGACGGAGAAAAUCCCUGAAAGAAAAUGAUGUAAAAGUUGCAGGUUAUGCUGAAAGCCAGUCGUGUCCAAAGUGUAAAGGUAAGAAAAAGAUUCUCAGUGAGGCAGAGUAAUUGUACUGUGAUCACUGUAAUCACUAUAUUAUUGAAUGUACUGAGGUAUAGCCUGCGAAGAAGGCCUUGUGGGAUAUGAGACAUCAGUAAGACAAGAUAGCACGUCUGCUUCCUUAUGUCAUAUAAACCCAUAUAUAUUCCACCGGCCCCCGAAAUUGUGAAGGUCUCUGCGCCGUAGUCCCCCCCCAUGUAUAAAUGUGGCAUUAGUGUACAUUUGUCCCCCCCCCCCCCUUAUUUGAUUACAAAUAAAACUUUCUACAGAUUGA